AUCCGGCUGUGGCGCCGCCAGCGACCGGCUACUUCGCUCGCGACUCUUCGGUGGCUUCAGCUUCCCCUCGGACCCACCCAGGGGCUUGGCCUCCUUGAGGACAGCGCGCCGGGCCCGCCGCGCGGGGCCCCCGGCCGGCUGCGUCCUCACGUGCGGAGGCCGCCGCAGUGGCCCCGCCCCCGGGCCCAGGAUGUGAGGCCCGCGGGGCGUCCCCGCACGGGGCCUGGGCGCCGGGAGUGGCUGGCUCGGCAGCGCCGGGCGAUGGCCCUGCUGCCGGUGCUUCUUGCCUCCUGGGGCCUGGGGCAGUGAGGGGGCUGGCGGGCGAGGGCAAGGUGGCCGCGGGCGCCAUGGAGGGGGUGCUGUACAAGUGGACCAACUAUCUGAGCGGUUGGCAGCCUCGGUGGUUCCUUCUCUGUGGGGGAAUAUUAUCUUAUUAUGAUUCUCCUGAAGAUGCCUGGAAAGGCUGCAAAGGGAGCAUCCAGAUGGCCGUCUGUGAAAUUCAAGUUCAUUCUGUAGAUAACACACGCAUGGACCUGAUAAUCCCUGGGGAACAGUAUUUCUACCUGAAGGCCAGAAGUGUGGCUGAGAGACAGCGGUGGCUGGUAGCCUUGGGGUCAGCCAAGGCUUGCCUGACAGACAGUAGGACCCAGAAGGAAAAAGAGUUUGCUGAAAACACUGAAAACUUGAAAACCAAAAUGUCGGAACUAAGACUCUACUGUGAUCUUCUUGUUCAGCAAGUAGAUAAAACAAAAGAAGUGACCACAACUGGUGUAUCCAGUUCUGAGGACGGAAUUGAUGUGGGAACUCUGCUGAAAUCAACCUGCAAUACUUUUCUGAAGACUUUGGAAGAAUGCAUGCAGAUCGCAAAUGCAGCCUUCACUUCUGAGCUGCUCUAUCGCACUCCCCCAGGAUCACCUCAGCUGGCAAUGCUCAAGUCCAACAAGAUGAAACAUCCUAUUGUACCGAUUCAUAAUUCAUUGGAAAGGCAAAUGGAGUUAACCAGUUGUGAGAAUGGAUCUUUAAAUAUGGAAAUAAAUGAUGAUGAAGAAAUCCUAAUGAGAAACAAGAGUUCCUUGUGUUUGAAACCUGCAGAGACAGAUGGCAGCAUAUCAAGUGAAGAGAAUACAGAUGAUAAUAUGACAGUCCAAUGUGAAAUGAUGAAGGAAGAUGGGGAGGAAAACCUGGGAAAUCGUGAUAGCGACUUGGCACAGCCUGAAUCACACUCCUCAGGCAGCAGUCCAGAAUCCCCCUGGGAAGAAGGCCAAGAAAUCAUCCCAACUUUCUUUAGUACCAUGAACACCAGCUUUAGUGACAUUGAACUUCUGGAAGACAGUGGCAUUCCCACAGAAGCAUUCUUAGCAUCAUGUUAUGCUGUGGUUCCAGUGUUAGACAAACUUGGCCCUACGGUAUUUGCUCCUGUUAAAAUGGAUCUAGUUGGAAAUAUUAAGAAAGUAAAUCAGAAGUAUAUUACCAACAAAGAAGAGUUUACCACACUCCAGAAGAUAGUGCUGCACGAAGUAGAGGCUGACGUAGCCCAGGUUAGGAACUCAGCUACAGAAGCCCUCUUGUGGCUGAAGAGAGGUCUAAAAUUUUUGAAGGGAUUUUUGACAGAAGUGAAAAAUGGAGAAAAGGACAUCCAGACAGCCCUGAAUAAUGCAUAUGGUAAAACAUUACGGCAGCACCAUGGCUGGGUAGUUCGAGGGGUUUUUGCGUUGGCUCUGAGGGCAGCUCCAUCCUAUGAAGAUUUUGUGGCUGCAUUAACCAUUAAGGAAGGCGACCACCAGAAAGCAGCUUUCAGUGUUGGGAUGCAAAGGGACCUCAGCCUUUACCUCCCCGCCAUGGAAAAGCAGCUGGCGAUACUGGACACUUUAUACGAGGUCCAUGGACUGGAGUCUGACGAGGUGGUAUGACGUCUGCAGGGCAGCGCCGCCUCCUAACUUCAGGGAAUAAAGUUUGCUAAAGUGUUUUGUUUCCCUACUUAAUUUCCAGCAGCAGCUUCAAUCCUCUCCACUCCCUUACUUGCGGGGAUGGAGAGGAGGCAAAGCCUAGUGCUUUUAUGUAUAAUUUUUUAAAUGCGUAUAUGUUUUGUGUGUUUAAAAAUCAAGGUGCUAUAUAUUCAGUUCAAAGGGCCUCCUGGAAACCAAAUCAUAGCUGUUAUAUAGACCUGAACAGCGAGUUAUAAGAGCAGAUUUGACAACUGAAUUUGUUAGUAUUGUGUUUUGUUUUUAGCUUUUAGUUUUAAUGGGCCACCCAAACCCAAGCUGAAAAUGAGCAAUUUCUGUAUCCAGGACUAUAAGUCAUAGCCAGUGUUUCAGUUUAGAGUUAGACUAAAAAUUUAGAGGGAGCUAAGUCCCUUUGUUGAAGAUAUUGAAAUGUAGAGUUUUUGUGCCAGUACCAUACUAGAAUCCUCUUCUCCGUGGCUCUGUGAACCAGAAGAACCUGUGUAGUAAGCAUGUCCAGGGUGUUGGUGUGACCAAGCAGUGCCAUCCCUGUUUACAGGUGGGGAGACUGGCUCUGAAGAGAUGAGUGGUGUGUCCUAGCCCUGAGCUGGAGGACAGUACGGGACGGGUGGGAUAGGUCAUCUGAGGUGACCCCUGUGCAGGGCACAGCCUUUGCCAGCCUGCUUUCCCCUGUACCAUCUCAGUUGGACAUCACAGCAACACCCUGUCAUUCUGGGGUUGUUAUUAAACGUCAGAGGUAGGUUUAGAGGUCGAGAGAUUAGCUUAGUCACACAGCCACUAAAUAGAGGAACUGCGUGAUUUCCAUGUGUGAUCUGGACCACCUCUGCAUCAAAAUCACAUGGAGUGCUUGUUUGAAAAGCAGAUUCUCAGGCUUUACCUUGACCUGAAGAACUAGAAUUAUGGGAGUGGGACUCAGGAUAAUAAACCUUGAAUUUGAAUAAAUUUUCCAAGUUAUUCUUGUGCACACAGGGUUGAAGAACUGUGAGAUUAAAUUCUAGUGUACAGAAUUCCCAGUCUUCUGCAUGAACUAAAUGAUGUGUCUUUUUUUUCAAAGAGGAAGAGGCUGUCAUUGAAAGGAAGUAGUUAAAGGGAGAGUGAGAAGUGGAGCAAGUUUAUUCAGCAGCUUUCUUAAUUGCACCAGCAGGCCUUGGUGUUGCCUUCAGGGACGAUGGGUUCUGAAUGUGCUCUCUGAUCAGUCUUGGCUUAAUCGCCAAUAGUUGCAGAGCAAGCUAAGUGCAGCUGCUUAUCUGUCUUCAAAAGCUUUGGGACCGUACCACAGUUUGAAAGUGGGAUUUAAGUCUUUCAUAAAACAACCUUGUGUAGGCGGUCUCUGGAAGAGUGUGACACCAGGACUAUGGCCCUCAUCUCUCAGUAGGCUAGGCUGCCAGGAAUGAGCAUGGGGGAGAGGCCACGGGUGCCUUCCCUGUCAGAGGCUACUCGCUUAAAGUAGCUGGAAGGGAAGUUCCAGCAUGAGGUAGUUCCCCAGGUUGAAGGUGAGUUCCUUUGAGGGGCACAGGUGAUGCUGUCCUGAGGGCAAAGAGAACCCUCUCCUUAGGUUGAGAGACUAAUGUAGGGAGGGGUAUUGAUUUUGUCUUUUGUCUGUCUUUAAACAAAUGGGCAUUUAUGUAGCUCAAAUUAAUGAAGCAGGUACUGUGCUCUAUAAGGACUUCUGGAAAAUGCUUAAACUUUAGAAAAGCAGCAUCAAAUAUUUUAAGGCUAAGGAGAAAAAGGGUGCUAAAGUGAUGUUUAUUCUUUUGUAUCUUAGCGCUUGCUUUUGGCAGCUGCCAAGGUGUGUGUGUUGUCUCCUCCCACUCCCACGAGUACUCAGUGCGGAUCUCCUUCUCUGGCUAGUGUGAGCAUGAUGGCCAGACUAGGGCAUAAUUACACUUCCUGCCCUUACAGAGCCUCCUAAAAGGGAAAAAGAAAAAGCCACCAGCCUUUGCUUUACCUUGAAUGAAUGCACAUUAGGCUUUGUGCCAUUGGGGGGGGGGUGCUACCAGGAGAUUGUAAGCAUUGUGAAACAUGACUGUUUGGAGCAAAUACUGGUGCUCCCCUCACUUCAGGUGAACUGGUAUCAUCUCUGGGAGAGAGGUGGGCACACUGAAAAUACCUCCGAUUUUCCACUGAGGCUUUGAAUACACACAAAAAGAAAGCUGCUCAGCAUGGCCAUUUCGCAUUUAUAUAGGUACUGCCUUGGUGUACAUGACCCAGUUUUCUGGGAAAGAAGGGUUUUGUAUUAUCUGGGAUCUUUGGGGACCCAGAUCAGAGUAGAUUGAAUAACUUGAAUAAGUUACAUUAUCUACUCAACACUUUUCCAGCCCUACUGAAAGGGUAAUGUUUCUUGAUAGGUAUUUUCCUCACUGGAGCAUAUUAAAUUUACCUAAAAUACGUAAAGCUCCAGAAAUUGAACGUCGUACUAGACGAUAAGUUCAACUUGACCUGAAGCUUGGCAUAGUCAGAGCUUCCUCCUGGACUUGAAGUGUUUGCUUUUGCAUUUUAUUUAAAAUCGUAAUUUGUGCGAAUUUGCAUUUACUAUCUAAGAAGAGGACAAAGAGAAAAGAUAGUUAAGGCUUUCUCUCCAUAAUCCUCCAAGAUUCCUGGGACCUCUCAUUCUUCUUUCUCUGACAAUGAGAGGAGAUGGGAAGACGCUAGUAUAUUUGUUGACUGCCCAAACAUUUUUAGGAUUCCCUUUCUAGAGCAACCUUUAGAGAGAUCCUGAAGGAAAAGAAAAGGUAAUGUGUCUGCUAGGUAUCAUUAGAAGCUAAGUAGCAUUUGGACGACCUCUUAUAAGGCACUUGCAUACAUAUAAUUUCAUCAUGUCUGCACUUCUCACAGUAGAAGCCAGGCCUUAUACUUAGGAGGGAUUAAUGUAUAUUUGUCUAACUGAACAAAAUCCUUUCAAUGAUGGCAACUUUUUUUGUCCUUUGAAUGCAAAUUUGAUUCAUUAACGCUAAUCUUGACGAAAAAUUUAAGUUAGAGGAAUACCUUUUGGAGAAGAACCAGCUUGUGACUAUGAGGUGGAAAUGAUUUUGUCAUCACCUAUUGAUCCAGCCCUUCAGGUAGUUCUAGAAGUGGGGCUCUUGGAAUGUUGAGUACAGCAGUCCCCAGGGAACUGACUUUGAAAGGCAGCGUUUGUUAGGAUGUGUAAAUGGUGGCUUUAGGUACCUUGUCGUCAUUAUUUGCAGUCAUUAUGAACAUAAAUCCUCCCCAAAUGUCAUAUUCCACGAUGAGGGAUAUCUGAACUCCAUAGUUCAGCCCUGCUGCUUCUCUUGCCUCUUCUCUGUUACUAAUGGUUGCAAACAGUGCCCCCAUCAGAGCACCAAAUCCAUCCCCUUUCUUAGCUGUUCUGCUCCAUUCCUCAGCAGCAGCUUCUAGCACAGAUAUGGAGCAUCUGGCUCCGACCUAGCCAGGGUCAGGUGCCCAGUCAGUGGGCAUUCUCUUCCCCUCCCAGACUGCAAGAGCUUCUUAACGAACCCCCGUUCCCAUGCGUAGCUGUAAAGCAGGUGACCACAUGGUGUGUAGCACCUAGGAAAGAUGAUCUGUUAUUAGAUGAGUGCUGCCAGAAAGGUUUGCAGUCUUCCUUUUUUGAUUAUUAAUUAAUCAGAAGUUAAUGCUUUCAAGUUUAUAUUUUCAGAAAAGUGUUUUUAAUUAAGAAAAAUAUGUGGUAGGGACCAAUAAAUAAAUUAUACUCUAUUAAAUUUGAAGUGAAUAAAGGAGCUGAAGCAAGAGGUAUCUUAUUAAGGAAGCAAUCUGAUUGUGAAAAUCAUAUGUAUGAAGAAAUAUCAUUUGAGUCAGUAGGGAGAGACAGAGGGUCAUGAGCUAUACAAGAUGAUGUGAUUUUGGAAACUUUCUGAAAGAAAACUUUUUGUUUUUUUCUAAAAAGUGUCCUCUAAGAAGUUGGUUACAUGAUGGUGCAUUACUGAAUCAUCGAUUAAAAUCAGUUGCUUCUGAUUUUAGUCGUGGGUUUUAUAACUCUUCACCUUCCCUUCCCUCAUGUUUCAUUUCUUUUUUUAAGGUUUAGAAUUUGUAAGUACAAUACAUUUUAAGCCAUUGUUCUGUUAGCUGAGCUGAGGUGUUUAGUCUUGAAGGGCCUGAUUUCCAUGCUGUUGUGAUCUGAUGGAGUCUGUACGGGAGCUUCAGUGUCUUUGGCAACGCGUGUCCCUGUGGUGUGCACAUAGAGUGCUUUACUUAGAAACACUCUCUCCUUCUGGACAGUCUUUUGUCGUCUGCAGUUGCUUACUCAGGGGUUCAUAAGAAUGACAUAAAAUACCCACUAGCUGUUUAAUAGUAUUUGAAGACUGCUUAUCUAUUACAAGCGUGUUAGGGUCUUUUCAGCAAUUCCAUGAACGUACUGUUCACUAGACCUCCUCUGGAAAUGUCCCCGGUCCCAUCCUGGCUCAGGCAGUAGCCUGUGUACAGAGGCCAUUUGCAUGAUUUCUUGUUGCGCUGUUGCAUCAGGGCACUUAGAAGCGCUCCUCAGUGGUACAGUUGAUUCAGGCAUUGAUCUUUCUUCUCCACUGUUUCUAUAUAGCCUUUCAUUAAAAGGGAAACACAUACCACUACUCUGCAAAGCAAAAGUUUUCAAAAUUCCUUGGUUACCCUUUUUAAUCACUUCUCUUUCAGUGAACAAAUGUUUUCAGCUAAGCUGUGUGAGAACCACGAGAAAGAGGUCUUGCUUGUUUUAAGCACUGUCCUUUCUGUUUUAUAUAUUUUAAAGUGUGAUCAGUCUUUCCUCCCUGUACUUUAUAAACAGAAACCACCCUGGGACGGUUGGUACCCCUUGCAAAGCUGAUCUCAUCCACAGAUUCCUGUGUACCUGGGUCUAUUUAUAGGUGUAUAUGGAGUCAGUGGUGACAAGAAGGGUGAUCUAGAAGUAAUUCUGUUACUUCCCAGAAGGCUAAUGAGCCAGUCUCCUGGCAUGUUUGAUGCAUGAGUCCCCUGUGUCAUGACAGUUUCAUCGGAAUGUCGGUAAACAGCCCAACUACCUCAUGUGAAAUUGGCUGUGGACAAUCUGUGUCAGAUGAGACAUGUGUUAAGGUUGAUUUAAUCUGGUUAAUAGAUUGGACAAAAUGAUGUCUCUAUAAAGAAGAAACACAUUAGACCGGAUGCCAAAGGCUACAACGUACAUAGAUUUCCUUGGAUUGCUCUUUUUAAGUCAAUGUUUAAUUCUACCGCCAGUAUUCUCAUCUUGAUUGUUUGUGAUUUCAUAGAUCCAUGCACUUUGAGUAUCUGUCACAUGCAGUCCUAUGUUACCUAUUCUUGUCCUUCAGCAUUUUGAAUGAGCAUCAUAAUGACAAUAGAAAGCAAGUGUCCAGUGGUUUGUUGAUUGCUUAAUUUUAAUGGACCUUAGAAUAUAAUGUGUCGGAGCCUUUAAGGAUCAACUGAUAAAUGAGAAUUUCAUGUUUAGGUUUCGCGUAAACUCUGUCCAAGUUCUAACUCUAUAUCUUGUGGGGAGGGGGAACAAGGGAGGGAUUUACUUUUUUUGCAAAAAUAUUUAAAAACAUCUGUCAGAUUUUAUAUUCAUUAGUUACAAUA